AAUUAUUAUUUUACAAAAUUUAUUAAACCUUUACUUUAUUAACACAUAUAAAUUCAUAUGAAAUUAAUCGUUGUAUUAAAAUAUUUUUAAUUAUGAUAUUAAACAAACUAUUUUUGUUGCAAAUAUUAUGUAUAAUUAAUUCGCAAUUAAUUUGCGGCAAAACUAUUCAAUUAACAGUCGACCCAAAAACAGACUACGAGUUUCACGACAUCGAUGGGUCGGACACCACACCCGACCAGCAACUGAUGGUCAACGGGACAACUGGUCGGCCAUCGGAGGUGGAGGCGGAGGAAAAUGUGGUAAACCCGGUGCUGACCACCGAAACAGAGCCGGCCAUCGAUCCCAACAACGAUAAACCUGUCAGACCUACGGAAUCGCCGGACACUUCGGGCACCGAUUCCGGGACCUGUAAUCUUAAGCCAGAAUUAUUUGCAAUUAAGAUAACAGAAUUGUUGGAGAAAUAUAUUCCCGAUUCACUGAUAUUAAAGCCCAUAACCAGAGGUAACUCAACGAGAAUACGGUUAGAAAACGGCAAACUUACGAUCGCUCGUCAGGACUAUAAGCCGAUGGGUCAGCCCGUGUGCCGCCAACCCGACGACCAAACAUACAAAUAUGAUAUCACAGUCCUCUUCACUGAUCUUAUGGGUGUCUACGAGUGGAAAGUGAAAAAUCUCUUCGGCUAUGACUUCGGCGAAAGCGCUUUCAUUACAAUAAAAGAGAUGGUAAUAGAGUUAGUGAUUGCCGAGAAUAAGCAACAAAAGUCCCGUUUGGAUGAGAUAAGAGUGGGUAAAAUUGAUGGCUUGAAAGUGAGGGUCAAUAUACCGGAGAGAAUCGCUUCCAACUCAUUCCUGAAGCCGAUGCUGGAGUACGUCAUCUCAAGACUGUCCACAACUGUAGCCAACGAAGAAUCACAAACCACGACAACUACCACAACAACCACUCAAUCGUUGUUAGUGUCGGAUAUAAUAUCGGAUGAGAUGCUCUUCGACACCAAACCCAUGCAACCCAUUGACACAAACUCUUUGCCAAAACCCAAGUGGAAGUGCUCUCUCGAUGAUCAGGACAUCAAAGCAAAGAUAACUGACAUAUUGUCCAAAUUUGUUCCCACACUUCUGAGACUACGGCCAAUACAACGGGGCAAUAGUUUUCGAGUGACGCUUAACAACGGCAAACUUACCAUAAACAAAGACUUUAAGAUUAUGGGCCAACCCGUGUGCCAAGAGCUGGACGACCAGAGUGUCAAAUACCGGAUCCGUGUGUUGUUUGACAAUCUUAUGGGUGUCUAUGACUGGAAAAUACACAACUUAUUCGGCAUGAGUUUCGCCGAAAACAUCAGACAAUUAGAGAUGGAGUUUGAGGUGAGAGAGCGGACGGACGGCCGAAACGAGUUGUCGGACAUGAGAGUCGACCGAAUCGAUGGCUUCAAAGUGGACGUCAAUAUACCGGACAAUAUCAUUGGUGUGCGACUACUGAAGCGAAUGAUCAAGUUCUUCGUGUCGCGGGUGUCCACUCUGGUCGCCAACAGAUCCGUCGACUCAAUCAAACGCCACAUUUACGGCGCUUUCUUCGACUCAAUUAAAAACAAAAUUCAACUCAACUUUAAUGUCGUGAAAGAGAAACUAGUGUUUAGUUAA